GCAGAGGAAUUAAAACGACCUGACAGUCUGAGUUUAAUGCAAGAUAGGGAACGACCGCAAGGAUUAAGGCGCUUUGUAGAUCAGUCAGAAAGGGGUUGCCGAGACUCUGCUGCCCUUGGGUCAUUGUCCAAUGCUCACAAUCAGACCGUUCCCGCAGAGGCUGACCCGCCCAAACGGCGUGAGACCUUCAUGGAGUGGACGCGGAGGGAAGGGCAGUUGGCGGCCCUGCACUAUGAGGAGGAGAAGAGGAAGACGAAACAGAUUCAGAAGGAAGCUGUACUUGAUUUUGUCAAGCUCAAGGCGUCCCAGAGCCCACGGAAGCAAAACACGCUGGAGAACGAGUGUCCCUUUCCGUCCAGAAGGUCUCAGCACACUGACGAUAGUGCCUUGCUGGUGAGCGACGACCGAUCCACAAUCUCAUCGAAUUCACCCACUUCUCAAACAGUCCACCUGUCUGCCCCAUAUCCUGGCCCAGCUGCCACCCCUUCGUACAGAGCAACUCCCCAGCGCCCCGAAAGCUUCCUUUUCCGAAACUCCGCCAGAGAAGACGCAAACAAAGCCGUCACGUCGCUGCCUGCUUCCUCGUCAGCUCCGGUUAAUUGCACAGACGACCUCAGCGAUAACCAUAAUUCCACCUUGCCGGAAGAAGACGUUUUGGUGAUAGAGCAACUGCGGAAAAACAUUGAAUCCCGGUUAAAGGUGUCUUUGCCGAACGAUCUCAGUGCAGCCUUAACGGACGGCGUGGUGCUUUGCCAUUUAGCCAACCAUGUGCGGCCACGUUCGGUCCCUAGUAUUCACGUGCCCUCGCCAGCUGUCCCUAAAUUAACCAUAGCCAAGUGUCGACGGAAUGUGGAAAAUUUCCUGGAAGCCUGUCGAAAAAUAGGGGUGCCACAGGAGCGACUGUGUUUGCCUCUGCAUAUUUUAGAAGAGAAAGGGUUGGCGCAGGUGGCAGAGACUGUCCAGGCCCUCCUGGAAUGGGCCCCCCCAAAACAACAGCACCACCUGGGCGCGGCCUAAGGAGCCCCCCCCCCCCCCCCCCCCCCCGAGAACCACCUCUUGCCCGGGGCUGACGGAAGGAGGCGCGUGCAGCCACCUCUCCAAGCACAGACCGUCCGUCGUGUUCGAAGAGCGACCGCCGAAGCCCGAACUCCUGGUGGGAAUCCUUUUGCCUUUUCGU